CCAAACCCUAGCACCCAAAUCGGCCUAUAUCCCUAUCUGAUCUCCCUGUACCAUGAACCCCAUCUUCUUCUCCAAGAAGCCGGAGCGGUUGCGGAAGCGGCGGCGCAACAAAGAGAUCAGCACUUACGAGGGGCCGGAUCUGAUCAGCCGCCUCCCGGACGACGUCCUCGGCGCCAUAGUAACCCUCCUCAAACCUGACCAGGGCGCCCGCACCGCCAUCCUCUCCCGCCGCUGGCGCUACGUGUGGCGCUCCGCGCCACUCAAUUUCGACGACGGCCUCAAGUCGGUCGACUUCUCCUAUCAACACAUCCAGGUUAUCUCCCAGAUCCUUGCCGCUCACCCGGGCCCUGCCCGCCGUCUCGCCACCAGAUCCCUUGACCUCGGGCGCAACAUCAGCCUGUACGACCAUUGGUUCCGCCUGCCGGCGUUCGACGCGCUCCAGGACCUGCUCCUCCAUUUCCCCUUGACCCCCUGCGCAUGCCACACCGAGCUGCCUGCCUCCGCGCUCCGCUUCGCCUCCCUCCGCCUGCUUGACCUCAAAAACUGCUCCUUCCCGGCAAGCAGCUGCUGUGGCUCGCUAGCCUUCCCAUGCUUGACCUACCUCUCGCUGCGUGGUGUCAGCAUCAGCGAGGAGCUCUUCCACCGCAUGAUCUCCAGUAGCCCCCGCAUCGAGGCUAUGGUGCUUGACACGAAUUCCGGCCACCGUCGGCUGCGCCUCUCCCUACCGAGGCUCAGUUACCUGGCUGUCGCGGAUAACUCCCUUCCAUGCAGGAAGGAGCUGGAGGAAUUGGUCGUCGAGGAUGCUGCGAGCUUGGAGCGGCUCCUGCUGCAUGAGCUGGACAAUGGUAUGUCCGUAAGGAUAAUCGGCGCAACAAAACUCAAGAUGAUAGGUUACCUUGCAACUGGUUUCCCCAUUUUUGUGCUCAACAACUCAAUUUUUAAGGUAAAACAUUUCAUUCCUGCAAGUUUACUCAAAACAAGGUAGAGACAAGGACCUAGAGCUGCAUGUUAUUGACUCAUUUUGGGUUUUAGUAAUAGUAUCGCUGCUACAACUAGUCGUGAGGAAAAAAAAGUAAGAUACAGAUGUUUUUGUUUCCUUGUCUGCCACUAGCUAGAUGUCGUUUUAGCCGUACCAGUUCUUCAUGUAGCCAAAAUACAAGGCUCCCUCUCGAUUUGGUAGAUCUUAAUUUCAUUGGAAGGAAUUAUAUUUCCAUGUUGUCAAUCAAUUUAUUAGCUUUUCAUUGGAAUAUUAAUUAUAUGCAUAGACAGAAAUGUGAAAAUACUAUGCCCAACACAUCGGCGCGUAAUGGGUUAAGGAAAACAUACAUUUUUUUCCACAAGUAAGACUCACCUUUUGGGGAUAGCGUCUGCCGUUUGUUUCACUAUUUAUAUGAAUGCUUUGGAUACAGAGCAUGGUUCCUGUCAGCUUGGUGGAGCAGUUCUCCACUGUCAAGAUCUUGGCAUUACACAUGCCUGAUUUGCCAAAGUUGAAGGUUGUCAUAGCAUAUUUAAGAUGCUUUCCUUGCUUGGAGAAGCUCAAGAUCAAGGACUGAAGCCACAUGCUGAUUUUGCUAAGUUCUUUGUUAAGAAGGCCAGGAUCCUCAAGGUCAUGAAGUUCUAUGUCGCUGCGUGGAGCACCACACCAGUAUGGCUUGAAGACCAGUGUAGGCGGAUUGAUAUUUAGAACAGGGCCUCAAGCUGUGCUCAGUUUCCUUUUGUGCUCGUGGGCGACUUGCCCUUUCGGUUUUGGAUGGAAGGUGCCUUCUCUGAAAACGACCCCUUCAUAGAAUGUUUGGGCUGAUCCGCUGAUGAUGGCUUCUCCAAUUCCAAUUCCAUACUCCACCAUUGAAGGAAUGAACAGCCAGCUCCACGAUGGCAUUGUUUUCUUUAAUAUAAGUUUUGCUACCAGCUGAUCGGAUCAACAUCUUUUGAUGCUUCACCGACUGUAAACUAGUCAGAUCAGUGCCAUGCUGUGCAAAUACUCUGUGUGUGUCUACAUGAUUCUAUUUUACUGUCCCUUCUGUACACUUAUCUCAGCUC